UGCUUACAUAUGAGCUACGCAAAGCCACAAGACGAUGCCAGGAGGAACUCCACCUCUCCAGCAACAGUUUUCUUUGCGUGUGUCGCGACCGCGUUGAGGAUCACUGUAUCAUCGCCGACAGACUAGAAUAGCGGGCAAGCGAGUGGGCACCGCGACACCGAACCUCAGCCCCUAGGAGGUUUCCACAACGUUCCGGCGCCGGCGGAGGAGUAGGCCGUAGCCGCGCGCAGACACAGUAUGGUCUACAGAGGUAGACCAAGUACAGGAUGUAAAACUUGCAGGCAACGCAAGAUCAAGUGUGAUGAGAGACCAGAAGGGUGUGUCAAAUGCGCAGACAAAGGCUAUCAGUGUCCUGGGUAUGAACGGAUAAUCGAUCGCCUCUUCCAGGAUGAAUCUGCUGCUGUCGAACGAAAAGCGCAGAAAUCGAAAGCCAAAGCCCUCAUUGCUCGUGACGAGCGGGAGCAAGCUGCAAAAGCCCGGCGCGCUGUUGCUAGGAUGUCAGAUGCGAUAGGUACACCAUUGCUUUGCCCUCUCAUCGACAGAGGUAUCGCUUUCUUCAUGAUGAAUUAUGCAUCUGGAGUUGAUCUGCCACCGAUAUCAUCCGCGGCGUACAAUCAGCAUCUGAGUACUUUUGGUUUCCACCCUAUCGUUGCCACUGCCAUGACUGCGCUUGGUCUUGCAGGCACAGCCAACCUGUUCUUGGAUAAUGGGUUGAAGAGAGAGGCUACCACGUGGUAUCUUGACGCCUUAAACAUGACCAACAAGGCACUCACCAAGCCUUCUGAAGCGAAGUCAGAUCACACUUUGCUUGCAACCAUGCUGCUCAGUGUUUUCGAAUCUACUCAUAAUGAGUUCUCAUUUCAAGGCUGGCUGCAACACGUCCAAGGAUCGGCGUCUCUUGUUCGGAUGCGUGGCUUGUCCCAGUUCCAGACCCCAGCUGGCCGAAGAAUGUACAUGCAAACGGUCGGAUUGCUCGCAAUGAAAUGCAUGGGUAUGGGCAUUGCCCUUCCGCGAUUUGUCCACGAGAUGAAUAAAGAAGUGGAAAAAUGGGAAGAUGGCCACGAUCCUGGCAGUAGAUUUUUCCAUACCCAUAUCAAAGUGAUAGAUUUUCGGGCGGAGAUUCUGAAUCAUAAACUUACGGAUCUUCGACAAAUAGUAGAACGCGCAUCGGAGAUUGACAAAGAAGCGACGGAGAUGUUCAGCGCGGUCGACUCGGACUGGAAUUAUGCCGUGGAGACUUGCGACGAAGGCACACCUGGUGUGUUCGGGACGGAAUACCACAUCUAUCCCCAUCUUGCAGCAGCACAAACUUGGAACUGGCUUCGCUAUAUCCGAAUAUACAUCCACGACAUCCUCCGUAACGCCCUCAUCGCUGGCUUCAGCUCUACGCCGCCAGUCUUCGUAGGGAGGAAAUAUAUGGAGCUUAUGGUUGACUCCACAGAAACACUCUACAAGAUGCAAUCAGACAUAUUUGCCAGCAUGCCCCAGUACCUGCACGACACGCCCAAGGCCCCACCCACCUGGUCCGACUCAACGCACAUGUGCAAGCCUGAAUCUGUAUUGUCGCACAGAUGUCUUCCAUCCAGUCCAAUCAGCCCGCCUUCCACAUAUACGUUUUCCCCAUCACCGUUUCCAUCGCCUACCGGAACCGCGAUGGGAGCCAUGAAAUGGGGCCCUUCCACAACGCCCAUCACGCCGUCGGGCACCCCAAAAACGUUCAUCUCGAACUUCCUCGAACACCAGAACGCCAGCAUAAUCCCCGAGUUCCGCACACCCGCAACACCAAGCGAGCAACUUCCCAUCGUCCGCGUCAGCGGCGGCUACUCCUCUCUCUGGGCGCUCUUCAUCGCGGGCGCCACACCCAUCGCCUCGCCCGAAUCCCAAGCUUUCGUCCUAAGCUCCCUCGAGAGAGUUGCGAGUGAGUUUGGCAUCAAUCAGGCGAAGGUGUUUGCGAGCGCGUUGAGGACGAAGAUCGAGCUGGAGAGAACGGGGAUUAGUAAGAUGGCGGAGGAGGAGAUGCUGCAUGGAUGGGAUGCAGGGUGGUAUGCGAUGUUGGGCGAUAAGCAAAAGUUUACGCUAAGGAAUGCGGCAUUGAAGGGCGGUGAAGGGGGCAUAGCGCCGAUUUACAUGCCGAGGGUCGGACCGCAUGUUGAUGAUUGAGUGGAAGGUAUUGGCCGAUGUGGGUGUAUGACAGGAAGAGUUGACAAUUUGGUAGGAUUCGAAGACAAUUUCAGGCGCCGGCAGAGCCGUGCGCACGCCGAUGGCAUAUUUGACUCGACUCCAUGGCCAGUGCAUAUAAUUGGGUGUCUGGGGUUCCCAAUGAGUUCACAGGGAUCCUUCCCUUCACUGUAAACUGUCUUAACAAUCGACUCUUUCUAUUAGUUUUGUACAUAGAUCGAUGCGUCGCAUCCUGGCCCCGAAAAACUCGAAGACUUCAUAUAGGAUCAUUUCGUACCGUCUGAAGCAAUCGCACUAUGCCAGGGACAUUCAAAUGUCCGAUCAUGUACCUUGCCCUAGAAAUGUUAGAGGAUACCGUGAAAUAUUGGUUGGCCUGUUUAUCUACUGUGUGCAAUGGCUAC